GCUGAGGGCGAGUGCGGCGAGUGGCGCUAGCAUACGGUGAAAGGGUUUCAAACAGCUGACACAGGAGCUGAGGAAAACAAGCGAAAACUCUCGAUUCCUGGGCAUUUGGGGCGCUUUCGAGACAUCAUGGUGGUGACAUACAAUGUAGAGUUACCCACGGAGGAGGAGCUCACGGUUCCAGAGGUGAAUCUUUCCGGGCCAGCUCUAAAAGCUGGAGCCUUCCAUCUCGGGAAGUACUGUGAAUUUCAGAACAAUGAGUUUAUGCUGUGCCGCGACGAGCUUAAAGACCCGAGGAAGUGUUUGAAAGAGGGAAAUGCUGUGACGAGCUGUGCUCUGGAGUUCUUCCGGAAGGUGAAGAAGACCUGUCGCGAAGAAUUCACCCAAUACACUAAUUGUCUGGACAAGAGCAGCCAGGAUCAGGCUUUCAAACCGUGCCGCAAGACUCAGGGUGUGUACGAUAAAUGCAUCCUGGACAACUUGCAGAUUGAGAGGCCCCACUAUGGAUACUUUUGCCGUGCUCGGAUCCAUGAUAGCGAGCGCCCGGCGCCGCCCAAGAAGGAGAAGAAGGUCUAUCCCGAUGCCACUCCUGGACUGCCGGAUGACUACCCAAGGGAAUCGGCGAGGUAUGGCUCCAGGAACCUCAUCUUGGAGUAGAGAAUUCAUGUUUGUAGUAGGAGUGAAUUAAAUUAAGAGAGGGGAAUAAAUGCCAGAAACUCA